AUGGAACCCAAACAAUCCAAACCCAAAUCCGUAGCUCAGCGCAGAGUGUACGGGAAACGAAGAGCCAAUGCCCCUAGGGCAGUAUUUGAUCAUGGAAGCCCUGCUAGAGAUACCAGAUCCAAGACCCAAUAUCUCGACCCCGUGGAAAGCCUCCAAGCGAAACUAGCCCAAGUGGCAAUCGAUGACGACUCAACCCUUCAACAAGACAAUUACACAAAGCCUAUCAAAACUGAGAGCGAGCAAGAGCAAGAGUUGACGGAAAUUCCCUUGGGUGAAUCGAGUCCGUCUACGAUAGAGGAUACCUCGGACACCCUGACACCGCGAUCCUCCUUCGAAUCCUUCUCGGAGCAGUCGAAGCUAGAACCGAAGAAAUGCGAAACGAUGGUGGAGGUCAGGAUAUGCCCGAAGAAUCCAGGAAUACUUCCUCAAGCCAUCCCAGAUUCCCCAGCUAUGAUGCCAGAGUCCACAAGCGAGGAUCGAGAAAAGCCAAGUACAUCCUCCAGAAGAAGAGCGGAAAGAAAAAAGAUUCCUGCACCAAGACGGUCAUCUGGAGUUGUUCACGACAGCAAGGCCAGUGAUUAUGUUAGCCCAAUUCUGAAUGAGGCACUAUCUCCGAUUGCCGCCCAAGGCAUUCAGAAGUUCAGCUCGUGGGCCUCACGAUCAGCGAACAUGUUCCACGUCGCAAAACUCGCAGAGGGAUCCUACGGUGAAGUUUACAAGCUUCACCUGCGGGAAGAAGCUUGCAGGCCGGUGGUGUCCAAGUCAAAGUUGGCUAAACUGAAAUCAUAUGGCGAUGGAGUCUUCAAGGUCGUGCCUCUGCGAGCAAAGAGCGGUCCAGGAUCCAAAAAAUUCACCACCAUCGACGAGAUUGUUUCCGAGGUCAAAAUGCUCAAAUAUUUGGACCCGAUCCCUGGCUUUGCUCGCUUUAGAGAGAUUCAUGUUGUUCAAGGUCGUUUCCCAGAGUCGUUCCAAAAUGCAUGGGACCACUAUAAGAAAACCAAAGAUGACUGCCUAAAUCCCAAUCCAUCCAACAAAAGAGCUUAUCCGGAUACGCAGCUAUGGGCAAUCGUGGAGAUGGACGAUGCGGGAUGUGAACUCGAGAAGUUCGCUUGGUCAUCGAUUUUCCAAAUCUAUGAUAUCUUCUGGGGAGUUGCCAUGGCUCUGGCCCGGGCAGAGGAGUAUGCUAUGUUCGAACAUCGAGAUCUUCAUUUAGGAAAUGUUUGUAUACGUUCUACGCGGGAAGAUGGUUGCUUGGAUCCCCCCACAGAAUUUGAUGUUGCACGACAGUCAUCCUGCAGUGGGUUUGGAAUCAGCUCCCUUGAGACUACCAUUAUUGACUACUCGCUCUCUCGAGCGGAUCUACUCCUGACCGAUGACCCCGCUGGUCUCACUGAGGUUGCAUCAUCUGAUCUGGACAAGAAGCAAUUGUUCGAUGCUAUUGGCCAAGAUGAAGACGAGAUUAUGCAACGAAACACCUACCGAUAUAUGCGCGCAACACUCUAUACUGGUUGCCCUAUAGAAACAGAAAAGGUAGCGGAUAUUCCUGGCAUCUGGGCAGAAUACUCUCCACGCACCAACUUGGUGUGGCUACUCUUCCUGCUUCAGAGUCUUUUCAAAAAUCGCAAGCCUGAAGCAUUGUUUGUACAGCCACAGCGAAAGGCUCUUGCGCCUUGUUCGCCCAACAGAAUGACACCAAAACCGGAGACAUCCAAAGGGAAAGACCAAAACAUGGCCGGGUCCCUCAAGGAAAGACAGUCCAAAGACGUGCAAGCUAGUAUCUCGCGGCUGAAGCAAGCACUAGAGGGCAGACUAAAAGCCGUCCUUGAGCUCCUCGACUUGGAGCAUGGACACGAAGACAUGUGUUGCGCUGCGGAUUUGGUGGCCUACGCGAUGGACUCGCGAUGGCUGAGUGAACAGGACUUUUUCUGA